GCCAUUUUCCUUGCGAUCCACGCUCUACAUCAACGCCUCCCAAACCGCGGAUCUCCGAAGAUCUUUUAUUCAUCGCUCAACAGGUUACGAGGCUGCCUACCGUCUAUUGAUCUGUUCCUCGCAGCCAGCUAUCGCCUUGUUUGGUGCCGAUAUCAACAAUUCCCCUCAUCGCCUUCGACGUCGCACGACCGGCCCACGCUCACCGUUAUCAGAUACCCCAUACCGACCUUGAAGCUCUGGGUCGCCAGCAGUCCCUGCGACGCUCUUUUGCGGAUAUCUGUUAAAUAAUGUGGUCGUCGUGGUUCGGCGGGCAGUCCGCACAGAAGCGCAAAGAUGCUCCCAAGGAAGCUAUCUUGGGCUUGAGAGGGCAGCUCGAGAUGCUGCAAAAGAGACAAGCGCAUUUAGAAUCACAAAUAGUGGACCAAGAUGCCAUAGCGAGGAAGAAUGUAUCAUCAAAUAAGAAUGCCGCCAAGGCUGCUCUCAGACGAAAGAAACUCCAUGAGAAGAAUCUCGAACAGACCCAGACCCAGAUUAUGCAGCUCGAACAACAGGUCUAUUCCAUUGAGGCAGCAAACAUCAACCAGGAGACCCUCCAUGCGAUGGACCAAGCUGGGUCCGCUAUGAAACGUAUGCACGAUGGCCUAACAAUGGAGAAGGUCGACAGCAUGAUGGACAAAUUACGGGAACAACAACAACUGGCAGAAGAAAUCGGAAAUGUCAUUACACAAAAUCAUAUCGGCGAACAACCAGACGAGGACGAGUUGGAAGACGAACUGGAAGCCCUCGAACAGGAAGCCAUGGAUGCAAAGAUGCUCAAGACAGGCACCGUCCCUGUCGCCGACCAGCUCGAGCGGCUACCAGCGGCAGCAAAUGGCGAGCGUAAGUUUGGGAUCCUUUCACAUCCCCACUCCUUCCUACACAAUAGUAACAUCACUAACCCAAUACUCUCAGUCAAAGGCAAAUCCAAACAGACAGAGGAAGAAGACGAGGAAGCCGAAUUGGAGAAAUUACGAGCCGAAAUGGCCAUGAGCUAGUUUUCGAUCCCGUUGUCCCUAUAUUAUAUACUUUCUUGUCACGAAAUCUGUUCUGUUCGUUUUUUGUUUCUUUCCAGUUUUGAGAACAGCCUGACGUAUGGCACCUAUAUCAAUUUUCUAUCAGCUCCGAACAUCGUGUCUAAUUCACCUCUCUCCUACAUUACAUCAACUGGCGUCCUAUAAGGGAGUUCUAAAUGCUUAAAUACAUGGUCUUUCUUCUUCUUUUGGGGCAACCCCUUAGUCUAGGCACACACCGCUAUUAUAUUUUCAACAACAUCAAUAAUAUAUUUAUUAAAAAUUAAAAAUACAUUAAGAAAG